CAAGCCCAUCAAGGCAAUGAUGCAACACAUAGAUGGGCUUGUGAUUGAGGGGUGGACUUGACCAUGGACACUAUCGCCCAGGUUAUUCAUGAUCGAGAAACAUGUGCUGCCAUUAAGCAAGACAAGCAGUUAAAGCCUCUCUGGUAUGGAGGACGAUGGCUGAAUUACAAAUACGGAGAGGCCUGGCACAUUGCCUAUAUCACGCUCCCACCAACCUGCCAGAGCAAGUGCCAUGGUGAAAGCAAACACCGGUUGCCUGCACACAUUGUGUGCCCCACGCCACUGCCCAGAACACUAUCCUGGGCCUUGAGAAACAAGUCUUGUGGGAACACGGCACCCCAGAGAGAAUUGAGUCAGACAAUGGGACUCAUUUGCAGAACAACCCCAUAGACACCUGGGCCAAAGAGCAUGGCAUCGAGUGGGUAUAUCACAUCCCCUGCCAUGCACCAGCCUCUGGGAAAAUCCAAUGGUACAAUGGGCUGCUAAAAACCACACUGAGAGCAAUGGGUGGUGGGACUUUCGACCAUUGGGAUACAUGUUUAGCAAAAGCCACCUGGUUGGUCAACACCACGGGAUCUGCCAACAGGCUCGCACAGCCCAGUCAGAACUUUUGCAUCCCAUAGAGGGGGAAACUUUCCUGUGGUGCAUGUAAAGAAUCUGCUGGGGAAAAGUCUGGGUUGUUCCUGCCUCAGGCAAAGGCAAACCCACUUGUGGGAUUGCUUUUGCUCAAGGCCCUGGGUGCACUUGGUGGGUAAUGUGGGGGGAUGGCAAGUCCGGUGUGUACCUCAAGGGGGUUUGAUUUUGGGUGAGAAGAGCCAGGGAAUGAAGCUGUGUGAUGCUGUAUAAUAUGGAAUGUGAUAGCUUCCACGGCGGCCGAACACACAUCACUGGGCGGGACACCUUGUGGCACCUGUCCCCACUGCUCCACAUUUGAGACUCUGAAGCUGACUCCCUUGCUCACCCCAUGAAAGAAGAAUGGACUUGGAUCAAACUGGACAAGUGCAGGGGUGAUGGGAUCGGAACUGGCUUCCAGCUGAGCUCUGGAGGGAAUGAAUCACUCCAGUUUUCACAGCUCUUCCAUUCCAUUUUCUACAUUUUUCUACCUGUCAAGUAACAAAAGCCAAUCUUUGUCAUUAGUGCAAAAUUCUACUGUUUUAACAAUUCUCUUUGAUUCUGAGAGUAUCUGUAAUAAGGUAUUUGUUGGUUUAGAACUUUGGUUUAAAUAGGUCUUCCAAAUAAUUGGUUCACUUCUUGGAUACUGUAUUUAUAGCUAUAGUCGAUCUUAAGGUUUGACUAGCUGUGCUUCUGUCUUGGUGGGAAGACACGUGAGGAAAUCUUAGUGCUAGAAUGUUUUACUAUGCUAAUUUUAAAAGGUUCUGGAGCAGGAUCUCCUGCGGUACAGCGCUUUCAGUUUACACAUGUGGGUAAUACAUAGGAAUAAGUAACUUCUGUGAUAAGACAUUUUUAGCUCUAUUCUUGUUAAAGGGAACAGAGAGGGAUUUGUUUUACCCAGGGAUGUUCUUUCUCUCUGCUCAGGAGCAGCGUUGCAGCAAUCUGCAAUAAACUUUUUUUUAACUGCAAUGGACGUUGCGUUUCUCUUUUCUCUGUGUUGUAAUUACAAAUGAUGGAGUGUCCCAGUUGAAAUAAAGGCUUCAUGUUUUAAUCAAUGUUGCUACCACUCUUACCACCAGAUAGAUCUACACAAAGGUAAACUGAGAUGAUCUCUUAGGCAGAAGUUCUUCCCUGUGAGGGUGCUGAGGCGCUGGCACAGGGUGCCCAGAGAAGCUGUGGCUGCCCCAUCCCUGGCAGUGUUCAAGGCCAGGUUGGACACAGGGGCUUCGAGCGAGCUGCUCUAGUGGAAGGUGCGGGUGAGGCUGCUCCGGGGCAGGGUCCCCCCACAGCCGCCGGUGGCGCGCUGCAGGCGGGCGGUGCGGCGGGAGGGGGAGCCCGAGGCCCCGGCCCCGGCCGCGGCGGCGGCUCCACCCUCGCUGUGUGUCACAGGUAGGAGAGCGCGGCCGCCACCGCCCCGCGGGCCCUGCCGCCCCGCCCCGCCCCGCCCCGCCCCGCCCCGCGCUCGGCCGAGGAGUGGCCUCCGCGGAGCCGGUGUCCGGCGGCCGCAGCCCCCCGCCGCGCCCGCAGCCCGCCCCCCCCGCCGCUCCCGGCCCAUUCCGGCCCGGCCGCCGUGCGCCCGGAGCCGGCAGCCCCGUCCUGCGGCGGGAGCAGCACCCGGCGCGCUGCAGGAGCCUUCCCGAGGCGCUUCGGCUCCGUUCCCCGGCUCGGUGGGUGCCUGCGUACACGUCGCCUUCAGCCGUUCCGGCCCGGAGCUCUCUGUCGGCAGGAACGUUCUCCUGGAAUCUCGCUGGAGCCUCUCUCGGGCUGCGGAGCUUCACUCGCACCUACCUACCUGCGUGCUGCCUGCCGGCGGGAGAAAGGGAGCUCUCGCUCUUCUCUUAACCGUCGCGUUUAUUAGAAAUACCACAGGUUUUAGGUUCUAUUUUUGAAUUUAAGACCAUCACCAGACCCACGCGCUUUUCUCAAGCUACUAGAAACCACUUUUGCCCAGGAUUUACAGCAGCGUUUCCCGGCUCCGGUGGCCUCCAGCCGGCAGCAGCCCAACAGGUUUGCGGAGCUUUUCUCUUUGCUUUUUCUUUCCAAUCCCUUUUUCUCCCCAUAGCAGCAAUCGCUGUAAAUUUGGCUUUAAUUGACAACAUCCUCUGCCCGAAUCCUCCCAGGUAUGAAGUCUCCUCCUCGAGAUGUUUCGUGGGACCUGCGCACAGACCAGAGAACUUCUUAUUUUAUUCUGUGGGGCCUUUAGUUGGGUUCUUCAUGUGCGUUUGGAAGUGGCUGCACAGAAAUAGUGGAAGAGGAACCAGAUAUGCUGUCACUUUGUGCUUUAUACCCAUUUGGCAUCUAAACUUUUGAAGUGUUUUGGGGCCUUUUUGUUUCCUGGGAACUUGAAGCUAUGAAGAGAAGCUCUGUGCUUUAUUGAUUAGUCUGGAGAACUGCACCCGCACUCCGGCUCUGGAUGUGGAUUGCUGGGAGAGAGGUAAAGUUGAGCUCCAAAUUUGAAUGAAGUGCUUGUGGCAGGAGAAGGAUGGAAGGGAUCAGCUCGGUUUGCAAGAGAACGGUACUGGAGCAAACGUUCUUUUCACCAUAAAUCCAAGAAAUCUCUCCUGCAUUGUUUCUGGGAAGAAGACUGGUAACUGCCGACAACAUUCAAGGCAGAGAGCUUGAGCUGCCUGUGUGGGAAAUGCUGGCAAGAAGCUGAGAGGUCUCCCAAGGGUGUUUGGGAUAGAUGUUUUGGACCUGUGGAUCUUCCUAACACUUGGUCCGGAGACACGAGGACACCAUGUCUGUGGCGAGACCUCCCCAUACUUCAUCUCUGUGGGACUGACAAGUUCCCUAUGCUCCCUGGUGUUCCUGUCUAUCUGAACUGAUUUCUUGCUUGCAACCUGUUUCGCUGAUCUUUCCGGAUUUCUCUGCUGGGGGAGGGACCCACAAUUUAGGAAUUUUUUUUUUUUUUUUUUUUAGCCAGUUUGUUUGUUUAAAAUAUGCCUUUGAGCUCCCAGCGGCCUUCGAGCACGUGGCACCAAGGAAGAGAAGCGGUGCUGGCGAGACCCGGAGCGGUGUCCCGGUGAGCAGCGCUGGCGGUGGCUGAGCCCCUCUCUCCUCUCUCUCCCGCCUCCCCGUCGCUGGGACACACGCUUGGAACCCCGACGAGCUUUGCCGACGGCUGGAGCCCGCCGCAGGGUGAGGACGCGUUCCCGAGCGGUAUGUGUGGCCGGAGCCCGCUGCUGCAGCUGGUAGCAUGAGUGCUGGCCCCCCGCUGCAGCUGGCUGUCCUCUGGCCGUGGCUGCUCAUGGCGACCCUGCACGCCCGGCUUGGCCACACAGGGCUGGCGCUGGCGGCGGCGGUCGAGACGGAGAGGUCGGCGGCGCAGAAAGCCAUCAUUAGAGUGAUCCCCCUGAAAGUGGAGCCCAUUGUUCUGGAAGGGGAGUUUGCAAAUGUUGCUGAGGUGACUCCAGCCGAAGGAAAACUGCUCCAGUCCCACCCGCUGUCCCUGUGCAACACCAGCGAGGAUGAACACACCGAGUCGGGAUUCAUCACCAUUGUCAAGCUUGAACAGCCGGAUCGGGAUCCCAACCCCUGCCUGUCGCUGGCUAACAAGGCAAAGCUGGCGGGGGAGCGUGGAGCUCGUGCGAUCCUUUUUGACAUUACCGAUGAUGAAAGUGCUGCUGAUCAGCUGAGAAAGCCCAGAGGUCUGAGUCAGCCUGUGGUUCUGAUCAGGGGUCACGAUGCUGAGCUUCUCAUGGGUGUUGUGAACAAGAACAGAGAGGCCCAUGUGAAGAUAGAGGUCAAGGAGCCACCAGCUUGGCCAGACUACGACGUGUGGAUCCUCCUCACGGUGGUCAGCACCGUGGUCGUCAUCAUCUUAAUUUUUGUGGUGCGCACAAAGUGCCAACUGAACAGGACCCAGGACUCCCUGCAGCAGCAGACCAUGCAGGCCAUCGGGCAGCUGGCCACGCGCAAGUUCCAGGCGAGGUGCCGGCCGGUAGCGCGGUGGGACUCAGCCAGUACCUGCAGCUCAGCCCCGGUCUGUGCCAUCUGCCUGGAGGAGUUCAGCGAGGGCCAGGAGCUGCGGAUCAUCUCGUGCUCCCACGAGUUUCACCGGGAGUGUGUUGACCCCUGGCUGCAGCAGCACCACACAUGUCCACUUUGCAUGUUCAAUAUCCUUGCCAGAGACUCGGUGGACCAGGCCACGGCCGCUGGCUCCAGGAUGGCCCUGCGGGACAUGGAACCCGGACGGCGACUCCACCUCUUCCGCCAGCACCCAGGACAUGCCCUUUACCACCUCCCACACGCGUAUCCUCAGAGGAACCUAAGGAACUUUCCCCCGGAGCCAGCCCAUGGCAACCCCUUCUUUCACUCUCUGGAGCUCUCCCAGCUGGAUUUUGGCACCAUCCACUACAUGCCCUACAGGCCAGCCACCUCCCUGCUCACCUGUGGCCACCCGUCUCCCCUGGCCCCAGGCUUGCUGGGCCAGCAGCAUCCCAACCCCUCGGCAUGCGGGCAGACGCUGCCGCCCCACAGGACUUGUUCUCUCCAGCCGCAGCCCCAGCCCCCCUGCCUGGGGCUCAAGGCAGCCCUGGUGCAGAAGCAGCACCGGGCACCUGCCCUGCGCCGGGGGGUUGGCCACGGGCACCAGCACAACAGCAGCGGCUCUGGGGAGAGCUAUCUCACAGAGCACAGCGGGUACCUGGCAGAUGGGCCAGGCAGCGACUCCAGCUCGGGGCCUUGCCAUGGUUCCUCCAGUGACUCCAUGUUGAACUGUACAGACGUCAGUCUGCAGGGCAUCCACGGCAGCUGCUCCACUUUCCGCAGCUCCCUCAGCAGUGACUACGACCCCUUCGUGUACUGCAGCUCAGAGGGACCUGCUACGGACAAUGGCCAGGAGCAGCCGCGGCCACCAAGGGACACACGGCCCAGGUCCUUGGACUUGAUGGUGCCUGGGGGUGCUGGUCCAGCCAAGCCCCAAGUGCUCAGCUACGUCCACUACCACCACCACCAGCACCAUCACUACAGAAGAGAUGCGGAGUGUCCCCCGGGGUGGGCAGGGCAAGGGCCUGGGCAGCGCAAAUCCCGGUACUCGGGGGCCAAGGUUGGCUUCCACGGUGCUCGGACACAAAAGAGGACUGAGAAAAGCCAUCACUGUCAGCAGCCUCCGGAAAGCAGCACUGUGCUGCAGGAAGCAGCUCUGGCAGGACAGCCAGCCUGUUCCCAGCAAGGCCAGGAGCCCUCUCAUAUCCCUUCCGCUUCUCCAAGCAGGUUGGACUUCAGUAUAGAAGAAGAAGCCAACAGACAGUUGGGAGCAUCUGGCACAUCCCCUGUUCCACUGCCCCCAAAACACAGCUCACAGAGCCGUCACCACCGAAGGAAAAGAAAGUGUCCCCUGGAGCCCGACCCUGCUCUCUUGCCCGAGGACUCAGCCUUGCCCAAAGCCUGCGAUGCUCAUGUUCCUCAUGGACAUCCUGCUGGCUACCGCUGCUCACCCGAAGCCCAGCCCCUGAUCCCCCCAGGUGCUCCCCUGUCCUGCAGCUCAGGCUCUCGGCCUCUCUGGAGGUGUUUAGUGCUGCAGUCUGGCUCAGAGCUGAAAAAGCAGGAGGAGGGGUUGUCAGGAUGGGAGGGAAACCGCACGGUUCCUGCUGAUUUCUCAGGGACAGGCACCCCCAGACACAGUCUGAGUCUUCAACUUCACUGCCCGUCUCAGCAGGGUAGUCAGGGAUCUGAAGAGGAGGUCCAGGAUGUCCAUGAACACUCAGUUUAGUAAAACACUGGCCUGUUUCCUUACCGGAGAGCUGGAGUGGACAAAGAUGUUCAUUGUACCAGCCGUCAAGGAGCUCACAUCUUGCUCUCUGCACAGCCCUGACCUGCACGGCCCAUGCCAGGGUGCAGACUACGAAUAAGCACUUGUGGUCUCUUCACACAUUCCCAUGUUGUGAUGGUCACACAAAUAUGGCGCCGUGUUCUCCAGGUCCCCUUCUCCUUUGAAGGCACAGGCAGCUCGUCUUCAUCCUGUGGCAUCCAUCUGCGUGGGCUGGCUCGAUCAGAGACCAGAGUUGGGAGUCACCAGCUGGAGAGCUCGCGCAGUGAGUGCAAGCUGCUAUUUUGGCAUGUUCAUGCCACGGAAGGUUUUGCUAAACACUUCAAAAAUAAACAAACCUUCAAGACCAAAAGCUGCAGAAAUCACUUUCUGUGGCCUGGUAGCUCCUGACUUGAUUUCCUCACUGAGGUCAAAAGCCAGACUUCUUAAUUUAACUUUUCCACUCUUACUUCAGACACAGGAACAAGCUAUUCUCCAUCUCACCACCCACAAGUCUGCCCUGCAAGGUACUGCUUCUGGCUUUUUUGGAAACCAACAGCUCUCACCACUUCUGAUCACUUCGUUAUCCCUCAGCUGACGCCAUCUCAGCCAUUUGCUGGGUUUUGCCAGCAGCAGGUGAGGUGAAGACACAGGGACAAUAUCAGCAUUUCUGGGAAGGAGUUGGGUGAGACUCUUCCCAUUGCAGUGGGAAGAGCAAUCUCAUCUGGCAGUGUGCACAAGUCUCUCACUCAUCCUCUAAAUCCUUCACCUACUUUCAAGAUAGGUGUGAUGGCUGGCUCUGUUAAGAGCAACUCAUUUGUUGAGCAUAUUUCAAACCUGAGAUGCUCCCAUCUUGGGAAUUGUGGAAAAUCUUUGCCUUGAUGUGGCUCUUGCUUCUCUCCUUCCUCUCUUGUUGCCUCAAGACAUAGCAAAAUUCCCAGCAAAAGCAUCCAUAAUAAAUGCAGAGCAGAGCCCCAUCCAUCAUCCAGCCUUAUUGUCGUAUUUCUGAGACACCUGAAAUGAUUCUGCAAAGGAAUUUUUCAAAAUACCCUUCUGGCUUUUCUAACAUUUUGAUGAAUGGAGAGAGAAAACUUGAGCAAUCUCUACAUUCUUGGUUUAUUACUAUUUUUUUUCCCUCCCAGUUGUGGAGGGGGUUUUUUUAAAUAUCACUAGUUCUUAUUUCCUACAUCUCAUAAUUUGGGGGCAUUCAAGUAAAAUAAAGCCUGCCCAAAUUAAAAACUUCCAGAACCCAACCAGUUUUAAUUCAGCAGGGAAUUAGAGUGUCGAGUUUACUGCCCUCAAUGAUCAUUCAGGCCAAAGAAUUGGCCAGAUUCCCACAUGAAGUGCCCAUUUCUGUGGCACCGAGUGUUCCCAGAGUUAAUACUAAUACAGCACUGGUGAGGAUACAACACUGGAGCUGAAGGUAACUCCUGACAGUUUGAAACUCAGUGUAGGGACAGACUGCUCAGUGCUUGGUAACCUUUCUGUGUAUUCCUUUAAAGCAGCAGCUGCUUCUCCAGUACAAGAGACUGCAUGGGUUGUGUAGUCCCAGUUCAGGGUGAUCCUAUCUCUGCCUUCCUUUAUUGGUGAGAAAAGCUUUUUAUGGGGUUUGCUGCCCUUCAUCUUUGAAAAAGGCAUCUUUGUCCCAGCUGCUAAUCAGUCACUGACAUUCAAGUGAUGAUAUUAAGUCAGGCAAUAGCACUGUUCAAAACAAAAUGUUAUUCCCUUGUUAAUGUUCAUUUCUUGUCUUCUGUGACCAAGCCACUGCAGAACCUUUCAGUCUAGAGAAGAGUUGAAUUUCUUUCAUCAAAGAACCCAGGAGAACUAUAUUUUAAUCUUUCCAGUCUCUUCUUGUUCUACAAAGCAGGCAGAAGAUAAAAGCUCAGCUUGCUUUCUCCCUUGCAGGGAUGUCUGUCUUAAGCUAGAAGAAAAAAAAAAACAACAAAACAGGAGAUUCCCCCUGUUCAGCUUCUUGUGCAUGUUGUCCAUGGCUUGUCUCAACCAGCUCCCUACAUCCUUGACCAUCCUAGAGUCAUCCUCAGAUGACUUCACAGGAAGGAGGGUCAUGAAGUGCGGGUGCUCCCACUGGUUUCCUUAGAAAAAGGCUGUGAGCCUCCAGGGAUGCAUUUCACUGCCUCAAAGGAACGGGCAUAUAGUCUGCAGCCUAAAAGUCCUCCUCUCUCUCCCUCCUUACCCUUAAGAAAACAGAGGGCUUAGAAUCUGCAGCAAGCCUCAAGCUUCUUUGAGAAAGUGGUCAGCACUAAUGCACCCUUUUCACUCCCUAUUGCAGUAUUACUGGGCUGCACAGGGCAAUGCCUCCUUUAAAGUGUUUUCCUUUCCUGAUGUUAUGCUGCUGCUCCUUUUCUUACAGAAAACAGCCAUUCUAGAUGCUGAGCCGAGUGAGAACAUGCAGGUCUGCCUCGGUGGGUUCUUGGGCGGGAGGAGAGGGAGGAACUCUCCAGGAAGGUGGUUUUUAAGGUCCUCUUCAGUAGAUGGACUUCCACCCUUGGCUGCCUGGAAGGGAAGAAGCAGUAUCUGAGAAAAGACUCCUCUCAGUUCCUGCCCCUCUCACUUCUGGGCGAUGCUUUCAAGUGCUCAGGACCCUUGGGCUCUGUCACGGAAUUUCUUCAGCCUCACUGCAAUGAAGCAGAGCUCGUUUUCCUUCAUUGCCUCCAAAGUCCCAGCUGAAAACCGAUGGAAGCCAGAGCAUCCCAAACUCCUCUAUCCGAACCCAAAGCCCAGCCAUUCUCCAGGGACUGCCGCCUUCCCAAGGCCUCCUGCCCCACCGAGGCUGGUGCCCAAAGGUGGGUGCCAUGGCCUGGGCUGGCCAGACCUCCUCCCUUCCCACACAGAGCCGCUGCUCCCGUCUGUAAUGUUCAGAUCCUUUGGAAAUGUGAAUAUAGGUUUGGUUUUUGUCACUGGUUGUCAUUUCUGAGCCUGGCCUGGCUCUGGGGCUUGGGAAUAAAUUAUGAGACCCCCUCCAAAAAAAAAAAAAAAAAAAAAAGAAUACGUUUUAUAUCUAUGCAAACCUGUGUAU